UGUGACGAAUGCGGUACGUUUGUUUUUGCUUCGCUACAUAGAAGUCUGCUCAAUAAAAGCAGAGCGAAAUCUCGUCGCCAAAACUCAUAUCCAUAAUUUCCGCUUUCUUGUCAUGAUGGCUGCAAUAACGACAAUGCAAUUAGGAGGAUUGGCGAUUAUUUUGUCCUUCGUAUCGAUGCGAUUACUAUUGCUUAUCUUCAAGUCUGUAGUGCGAUACCCCAGUUCUAUCUGUGAGGGACCGCCAAGAAAACAGUGGAUGUACUGUAAUAUAUCCAUCUCUCUCGUACACUCCUUCGUCACUGCAGUCCUUUCAGUCUACAGCUUUUUUGACGAGCCAGCUAUGCUCUCAGAUAUGAUUGGAACGUGGACUUGGAUUUCUUACUACCUGGUUUGCUUUUCAAUGGGUUAUUUCAUACACGACUUCUUUGACCUGGUAUUCAAUGAUUUAAAAAAUUCAGGAGUAAUUUUGAUACAUCAUGUGGUGGUUGUUGGUGCAUUUGGAAUAGCAGUCUUCUCUGAAAAAUACAUAGGCUUUGCAAUGUGUUCUCUUCUCAUGGAAAUCAAUAGUAUUUUUCUCCAUGUUAGGCGACUGAUGUCCUUCCAUGGUUUCAGCAAGACUAGUACCAUUUAUGAAAUCAACGGUAUUUUACUACUAGUCACCUUCAUCAUGUUCCGCUUUCUAUCCAGUGGGUGGAUGUUGAACUACGUUAUCAAGAACCGUCAUGCCAUGCCUUUGGCGCAUGCAGUUUAUGGUUCACUUGGAAUGGGGAGUUUAAUUGUUAUCAACAUCUUGUUAUUUUUGAUCUUAUGGAACUCUGACUUCAAGAAGCGUUUACAAAUUAAAGAUGACUAUUAGGCUAUUAUUUUAAAUGAUGAUCAACAGUUUACAUAUAAGAUAGAUUUUAGUUUAAGAUGCUAUAAUCGAAUUUUAUGUAUACCCUAAAACAGCCUCUGGGCUAAUAAUGAUCAAAGUCAGAGGAGAGCUACUGUAACUCACAGAUAGAACCCUGAAAUGAUCUCUGCAGGGCUGAUAAAAGCCAGGGCAUGGCUAACUCACACAUUGAACCCUGAAACAAUCACUGGGCCAAUCAAAGUCAGGGCACGGCUAACACACAUAUUGAAUUGCACUUUAGCAUGUUAGGUUUUGUGGGAAGGAAAACUGGAAACCUGGAGAAAAAUCCUUGAAUCAAGGGAGACACCUAACAAAGUACACUCACAUGAGAUGCCGAGUCUGUGAUUGCUGUAAAUACUGUAGAUAAUUCUACGAAAUGAGAUGCAAGUGAUGUUCCUAAAAUUUCUCUUGAUUAUGAAAGCAAUUUCAUAGGGAAUCAAGUUCAGUUUCAAUUUCAAAUCGUUUCGUGGUCAUCCAAGGAAAUUUGGGAAAGUUCUACUUCAAGGAAACGUACACGUAUAGAUCCCAAUUUUUUUGACAUAUAGAUCUGAGGCCAAAAGACCUACAACAUUUCAAAAUCGUGCAUCCUUUUCCAUUUUUUAUUGGUAAUGCACACUGUUAUAUAGAGAUAAAAAAACAUGUAAUAUAUAUAAUUAUUUAAAUUAGGUGAAUGGAUAAAACAUGUUGAUUACAUAUGGGAAAAAAGCAAUGCAUGAAUUAUGUGAUGUAAAAAUGCAUUAAUUGUAAUAACUCUACUUAAUCUAAUACCUCAAAAAAAAUUUCAAUGAGGUACAAAUGGUAGUUGUAAAAUUUUGCCAUCAUUCAACUACCAUAUUGUCUACUAGGGGGAGGGAUUAGACUAGAGUGCAGAUUUCAAAAACAAUUUAGUCCGGUAGUUUCAGAUUCAGAUUAAAAUUUUAACAGAUUGGCAGAUCCUAUAAAUGCAGUGGAUUGCAGAUUUAUCCAUUUUUUGGUCCGGAUUUUAGUUUUUGCUUGUCAUAGAGUUUGGAUUGCAGAUAUAAAUCCUCUUCAGAAAUGCUUCAUGUUUAUUUUUGUUAGCCAACACAAAAAUACAAUGAAAGCAACUAUCAAAUCAUGGAUUUGGAUUUUAGCAGUUUUUUUGCAGAUUACAAAUUUCGCCAUUAACGAAUUUGCAUACCCCUUAUAUUUUUAUAUUUUCUCUUUUAAGAAUGUAUCUAUACUUUACUUUGCGGACACACUAACCGGGAACACUUAAACAAAAUGUAAGAUAAGAAAGACUUUAGCCAAUCAGGAGAGAGCAAUAUUGGUAUGAUAUUGACCUCGGCCAAUCACAAGCACUCAUUGCCACAGUUGUUGAGAACAUCUAAGUUUCUUCUCAGUUCUAUAUCUUGGCUUCAUUGCUUGCUCCUGAUUGGAUCAAGUUUGUUUCCUUUGUUUUCACUCUAUAUUGUGAUCACAAGUGUGUUCGCACAGUAAGGAUUUACCAUGAAAGGCUUUAAAUGCAAGUGCAAAAAUGUUACCUCAAAAUUCAAAUUUAGGACAUAGUAUUAGUUACUGUAUUAAUUAUUUUUGUUACUCAAUCUAUCUUUUUAAUGUAUGUCGUAAAUUAUUUGUUCUUAUAUUAUUACACCUUUAGGAUAUUAGAGUGAAGUCAUUAAACCAGUGAAAUAGAUAUUUUAUUAUUUAUUAUUAUAUACACUUCUAGUAGCCCCUAAUUCCAUUGUUUUCUUUUGUGUCUAUUUGACUAUUACACGUUGACUAGUAUUUUAUAUUUCACUGGUUAAAUGCCUUCACUCUACCACUACUAGAAUCCUUUACAUAGUCUUUUCCUAACUACCAGUAACACCAUAUACUAUCUUGCGACUUCCGAUUGGGACCCCAAUUGGCUAUUCCAAGCAAAUAAGGAACUUGGGUGAGUUUUAAACUUUUGACUCAGAAAAAUAAUUUGAAGAGGAUUCGAUUCUGGUAGUAGUGCAUAGAAUCAAGAUGUAAUAAUGGCAUUAGUGUCAUAGGUUGAGAACUCUUUCAUGCAUAAAUGAAUUAUUAAUUAGAAAUAAUUAUACUCUUUCGAGGCAUACAUACAUAAGUUUCUUAGUAAACCAUUAUGUACAUUGAAAUAAAUUAAAGUGAUUUCAA